AUGUCUCUGUCCGAGCCCGUCGUGCCAGAUGGCCUCAACGGAUUGUCGCAUGGUGACAUUUUGAGCACGGACCCUGAUGACUCCAAUGGCCUGCUGGAAACCUGCGAGUCAUCAUGGGCAGAGCUUCAAGCAGAGGUGGCCCAGCGGCAGCUUCAUAUCCGGCUCCAUGGCAAGUUGCGGCACUUUCAGGCGCGCAGUCAGUGGCAGCGCCAGGAAUGCACGACUUUCCUGCAGCGGUUGGCCAGCGUGAGGGAGGCGUCGGCGGAGAAAGCCUUCGAGACCAAGCGCCAAAACCAGGAGCUGCGAUCGCGCCUGCGUGGUCUUCGCGAACAGAAGUGUGGCCGCGGUGGCGUUCGCGAGCUAAAUGCUGAAGCAGCGCAACGGCAGGUGGAGAUCAGCGCAGUGAAUGCGCAGCAGGCGCGCCUGGCGGAGGAGUUGCGUGAGGCCAACGGGCUGCACCGGGAGCUUCAGAGAGAGCUCCGGGACGUCCGGGAGCUCAGGCUCAGGGAGCUUGAAGCGAGGCCAGCGCGCGCGCCAUCGCAAUUCCAAGCCGAGCCCGUCAUCCAAGAAGCGCAAGACGACAGAGACGAGGACGAAGCACUCCGCACCCACCUGGCAGAAGUCGGCAGAUGCGCAGCGGCCUGCGGCUUGCAGUUGGGGCUGGAGGACCCAGACGAGGCGGAAGCCUUGCUGGCCCGUCACGACCGUGCUACGGUGCCUUUCACAUCCAUCCAGAGGCAGCUACAGGAGAUGGAGAUGGCGCAUGCUCAGUUGGAGCUCUUGGAGGAUGAGCUUUUGGACUCAUCAGAGCGAGACGCUCAAGACGAACUGCAAGCAGAGCAGAAGGAGCUGUGCAAGCUACAGGCAGAGAUCAUGGAUGCCGAAUCCCGCGCGGAAAGAUGUCAAGAGAAGCUGCUACAGGGCCAUGCCAUCGAGCGUUUGCGAAGUGAGCUUCGAACUGAACAGGCUGUGCUGCUGCAAGAGGAGCAGACGGCGGAAAGAAGACGAGACCUCUUCCGCUCCCAAGUAGAGGAAAAGCGCAGAGAGCUGAUGAAGUAUCAGGACAUGAACGGCAGACUGGUGGACGAAAUCAAUCUGAGCUCGGGUCGAUGUCUUGCGUUUUCACCAUCUUCCACGGAGCAGGCAAGAGCGAGAACGCCAAGAAGCCCUGCAUGGCCUCGUCCACUACGAGCAGAGCCGCAGGGAUCACCUUAG